UAAACAAACAUGAGAGUGUGAGGAGCACAGAAUUUACAUUAAUUAUGGCCAAAAACUUGAAUAAACCAUCCUUGGCCAACAAGCUGGCCAAACGGGGAGAUGUGAUAAAGCCCGCAGAGAUAAUUAACCGACAGAAUAGGGCGGAUAAUGUGAGAGAUAUUGAGGAUCUGGUCGGUGGGGCAGGAUCAAGUACCUCCAUCUACUUCUCUCGGAUACGAACCCGCAAGCAGCGUCUCUUUAAGGGAGAGUCCCUAAAAUUGGAGGCCCUUAAAAAGGAGCCCUUAUCUCCAACUCGAGUUCCACCAAAAAUAAAUAAGAAGGAAGAUCAUGCGGUAACCAAAAUUCAAAUGGGUUCCGCAACUGUAGUCAAGUGUAAAGUGGUGCAAGCGGCAGAUUCUCCCCUAAGGAUUGAAAAGAUCAAGAAGGAAAUGGUACCGCAAAUAAAGCAGGAACUGCAUGUGAUAGAGAGUCAAGAGGUUUUAAAUAGCAUUAAGACAGAACUGGAGCCCCAAGUGGAUCCAAAUUUAUACCAGGAAGUACAAGCACCGCAUUCCUUAUGGUAUAGUCAUUUGGAAAAUAUACGCAUCAUGAGAAACUCUAAAACUGCUCCUGUGGACACCAUGGGAUGCCAUCGCUGCGCGGACUCCAAAGCAGAUGAAAAGACCCAACGCUUUCAAAACCUAGUAGCCCUGAUGUUGUCCAGUCAAACCAAGGAUCAAACCACUUUUGAAGCCAUGAAUCGCCUUAAGGAGCGAACUCUAACUCCAAUCAAAUUGAAGGAAAUGCCCGUGACGGAACUGGAGAACUUACUGCAUCCCGUUUCCUUUUAUAAGAACAAAGCCAAAUACCUCAAGCAAACUGUGGAGAUACUAAUGGACAAGUAUGAUUCAGAUAUUCCGGAUAAUCUCAAGGACCUCGUGGCUCUUCCAGGAGUUGGGCCCAAGAUGGCCCAUAUAUGUAUGGCGGUGGCCUGGAAUAAGAUCACCGGAAUCGGAGUGGACGUCCACGUGCAUCGCCUGUCAAAUAGAUUGGGUUGGGUACCGAAGCCCACAAAGGAGCCGGAGCAAACCCGAAUCGCGUUGGAGAAGUGGCUGCCUUUUGAUCUCUGGUCGGAGGUUAAUCACCUAUUCGUUGGAUUCGGUCAAACCAUUUGCACCCCAGUGAAACCUAAUUGCGGAGGAUGUCUAAACAAGAAUAUUUGUCCUUCAGCCAACGUUGAAAUUAAACCAAAAAAGAAGAGGGACCGUUAGUAAUAUAAAUUGCAUUCCAGUAUUUAAAAAAGCCAUGCCUAUGCUUACAAAUUUAGAAGUAUUAAGCGAUGAAUUGUGUUAACCAUCUCAGGAAGAAUGAGUUCCAUAGGGACUGUAAGUGCCAAGUUAUAUAUUAAAUGAAGAUUCGAAUAUUUAGAAAGACCUAAGGGCUUAUAAUUUCACAGUUACAUGCAUUCCAUUAAAAAUACAAAUAAUAAAUUUAACACUUAAAUUAAAAAUAAA